AUGGAACAUAAUGGGUCUGCUUCAAACGCUGAGAAGAUCCACCAGAACCGCCUGUCGGCCGAAGAUGAAGACCAGGACGCGGCCCUCACCAUCGUGACGGUGCUGGACAGAGUGGCCACCAUCGUGGACAAAGUGCAGGCGAGCCAGAAGAGGAUCGAGGAGAGGCACCGGGUGAUGGAAAACUCCAUCAAGUCCGUGCAGAUCGACCUGCUGAAGCUGUCACAGGCACACAGCAACACGGGCUAUGUCAUCAACAAGCUGUUUGAGAAAACCCGCAAGGUCAGUGCCCACAUUAAGGACGUGAAGGCCCGGGUGGAGAAGCAGCACGUUCACGUGACAAAAGUGGAAACGAAGCAAGAGGAGAUAAUGAAGAAGAACAAAUUCCGGGUAGUGAUAUUCCAGGAGGAUAUUCGGUGUCCAACAUCCCUGUCUAUUGUUAAAGACAAAAGCGUAACUGAGAAUCAAGAGGAGGACGAUGAAGAUGUCUUUGAUCCCCCAAUAGAGCUGUCUUCCGAUGAAGAAUAUUACGUUGAAGAAAGCAGAUCCACAAGGUUUAGAAAGUCAGGCAAGGAGCGCAUAGAUAAUUUCAAAAAGGCAUUUUCCAAAGAAAACAUGCAGAAGACGCGGCAGAAUUUUGACAAGAAAGUCAACAGAAUGCGAACUAGAAUAGUGACCCCAGAGAGGAGAGAGAGGCUCAGGCAGUCAGGGGAGAGGUUGAGGCAGUCAGGAGAGAGGCUGAAACAGUCAGGGGAAAGAUUUAAGCAAUCUAUUUCUAAUGCAGCUCCCUCGAAGGACACGUUUAAGAUGCGUGGCCUCCGGAAAGCUAAAGGAGGAACGGGAACAGUGGCCGAAGGGCCAGGAGAGGCCAGGGAGAUGGGCGUGGACAUCAUUGCCGGGAGCCAGUCUCUGAGCCCCAUCAGUGAGCUCUACGGCAAUGAGCUCAGUGAAACAGACCAUGAGGAGGCCAGGGUGGUGCAUCCUUCCAGCGAAGAGGGGGAAAUCACAACUCCUGAGCCUUUAAGAGUUACUUUUAAGCCCCAGGUGAGAGUAGAGGAUGACGAAUCUCUUUUGGUAGAUUUAAAGCAGUCCUCAUAG